GAACAAAAGAUCAGAACAGUGAUCAGAAGCAAGCAGAGGACUCAUUUCUUCUUUUGAAGUCAGUUUACCUGGAAACACUGUUGUGAGGUUCAGCGAAGACUGGUGAACGGUCGCUGCUUGCCGGACCAAGAUUGUUAUCCACAAGCGUUUCUGCAGGACUGAACACCAAAUUCUCCACCAGAACCUGCUCAUCCAGUUUGUCCAUGUUGAGUGCCACCUGUGGAAGAGUAGGGCAAGUUGGACCAACCUCCACAGGCAUUCCCCAGUUCCAAUAUGACUCGCCGAUGGGGUCCACCUCAGGAAUGUUUCAGUUUUGGAGCAAUGAUGCAUUUGGGAGUUCUCACACAAUGUCCUUCAGUCCUCCAAAGGCUCAGUAUGCUCUCGGGACGGUGUCAUCAGCUUUGGCAUCACGGGAGCUUCCCCUGACCCCUCCAGCGGAAUCGGUCUACACUUUUGAGUUAUCUUCUGUGAAAAUCUUGGCGACUUCUGUUUCUGAAGGUUCGGCCUACUCCUACCCAGAAGCUAAUGGAAUUGGUCAGAACUUCCCCAACUUUAUUCCCUGUUCUUCAGCCUUGCCGAACAGACAUGUAUCACCCAGUCAUCCUGAAGAAAUCCCAUGGUGGAGCAUGCAACAGCCCAAUCCUGUCAAUCCUCACCAUCUCCCAUUUGGGAGGGCCAUGGUCUUGGGCCAUCAAAGCCAAUUGCCAUCUGCAUUCCUUCAGACCUCUUCCAAAAGUCUUCUGAACUGUGCUAGGCGUUGUAGGAGAUGUAGGUGUCCCAACUGUCAGUCUCCAGGCAGCAGUAAAGACCAAGGUAAGAAGAAACAGCACAUCUGCCACAUUCCUGGCUGUGGCAAAGUCUAUGGAAAGACCUCCCACCUAAAAGCCCACCUGAGGUGGCACGCUGGGGAACGUCCCUUUGUAUGCAACUGGCUGUUUUGUGGGAAGAGUUUCACCAGGUCUGAUGAGUUGCAGAGACAUCUCAGAACUCACACAGGGGAGAAACGCUUCUGCUGUCAGGAAUGCGGCAAGAGGUUCAUGAGGAGUGACCACCUCUCCAAGCACACCAAAACCCAUCAGAAUAAACGGAUGAAGCACCAUGGUGUGAGUUUGGAAAACAUCAAGAAGGAGUAAGGAAGAAGGCAGAGCUUUCCUGGUGGCCCAGUGAAUAAAUGCAUGAGGUGGCAUGGGAAUUGAGGCAUACAGAUCAGGAAGAUUCUAGCUUGACUGCCCAGUUUCUGUUGAGUUAUCUGAUCUCAGCAGGGGUAGCGACAGGGAAUACGGAACCUGACCUUGGGUGUCCUGGACUGGGGAAGGGAAAAUUCAACCAGGGUUCCUGGGUAAGGUGCCUUCCUGUGUGUGCAUGGGUGCUGGGGAGGAGCUCUCCUCUGCCUGCCCACAUUCCCUAUUCUGCUUCAGUGGUUAAAUAUUCUUUGGGUUUGCUUGGUCAAGUGACAUUCUGGAUGGAGGAUGUACCCUUGCAUUCAUAACCACUUCAGAGAGAAAGAGGGUUUUGGGGGGGUGGGAGGGGGGAAGGAUGAUUGAAGGCAAAAGCUGGAGCAAAAAAAGAAUGAAGGAUAGAAGUCAAACAAAAGAAUUAAGUUUUGGGCAGUGCAAAUAGUUGAAAAGAAAAUUGAUGAAAUAGAAAAAAUGAUGAUGAAAAUACAAGUACUUUGGGCUGAAGGGGGCAACUGUGUAAAAAGUCUGAAUGGAAGUUAAACCUGGUGGUCAGAAGAAUAUUAUAAAUUAAGGUGAUUUAGAUGAAACUAGUAAUUGAUGGGCUUCUUUUUAACGAAAAAUGGUUGAAGGAAGAGUCAUGACUAAAUGGCAGCAAAAUGUAUUUUGAAGGUUGUAUCCAAUAAAAUGUCAAUUUAUGAAUAACCCUAUUGUAAUGGCAUCUGUCUUGCAUGCAACUGUGAGAUCUUUUGAACAUUUUUCUUAAAAAGACCACACGUCCUCUGUACAUGAUUACACUGUAUCCUCGGACAAUGUUCCUGGGAAUUGUGAGCAUUUUUUUUUCAAAAUGGAACAGAUUUGGUUAAGAGUUUGACUGUUGGAUUUGUUUGUACUUUGAUUUCACUUUUAUGAUCUCAUUCCUCUUUUGACAGGCUCUGACACACUUUUAAUUGACAAAUGUGUGCUGCAUAAGGUGUGUCAAUAAAAGGAGCAAAUCACUUCUUCAACUUGCCUAUAUUU